AUAUUAAAGUUUCAUGAAUGCUAUUUGGGUGAUGGCCUGGCAGAAAACAAUGAUUUGAAUGAAACAAGCAGCAUCAACAUGCAGGCUUCCAGUUUCUCUACCCUCGAACAGUAUGUGACCAAUGUUCGAGAAGCUCUCGGUGUUGACUCCUACUAUACCAGUAGGAUGUGUGCGAACAGUGAGACAGAGAGUGAGGCUGGAGAUCUUCUUGACCAACAGUUUGAAGAGAUGAACAAUAAACUGACUUCCAUCACUGAUCCAACAGGAUUCCUUAGGAUGGUCAGCAGGAACAAUCUCUUUAACAGGAGCUGCCAAAGUAUGAGUAGUCUGUUCAGCAGCAAUACGUCAGGCCUUCAAGAUUCCACUUCAUCGUUGCCUCGUAAACAGAACUCAGUUGAUAAGCAACCUCUUCGUGCUCUCUAUGACCUCCUCAUCUCCCCAAUGGAAGGGGGAUUAAUGCAUUCCAGUGGACCUGUUGGCCGACACCGUCAGCUUGUAUUAGUCCUGGAAGGGGAAUUAUACCUCAUUCCAUUUGCUCUACUGAAAGGGAGCUCUUCAAAUGAGUAUCUCUAUGAACGGUUCAGUAUCAUCGCUGUUCCCUCAAUCCGGGCUCUUCAAGCAAGCCCCAGGUCCCAUCUUCGAAAGAGCACAUCUGUGUGCAGCUCCUCUACCUCAAUGGCAGCUGUGAUAGGUAAUCCCAAACUUCCGUCAGCAGUAAUGGACCGGUGGCUCUGGGGACCGAUGCCGUCUGCUGAGGAAGAGGCCUACAUGGUUUCAGAGCUGUUGGGCUGCCAGCCCUUGGUAAGCACGGCAGCUACCAAAGAAAGGGUGAUGAGCAUGCUCAGUCAGGCAGAAUGCAUUCAUUUUGCAACCCACAUCUCCUGGAAACUAGCUGCUUUGGUCCUCACACCGAAUAAUGAAGGAAGCAGCAUUGGCGGGAAGAGUUCUAUUGGAAACAGCUACACGAUUCCAGAGUCUCUGAGGAUGCAAGAUGAUGCUAGUGACGUGGAGAGCAUAACUGACAGCCCACCACUGCAAGAGUUUUUAUUGACAGCAGCUGACAUCUUGGAAUUGCAUCUUCCUGUCAAGCUGGUCGUUCUUGGCUCCUACCAAGAGUCGAACAACAAAGUAACAGCAGAUGGCAUUAUUGGGCUGACCCGGGCCUUUCUAGCUGCGGGAGCACAUUGCGUUUUGGUUUCUCUUUGGCCGGUUCCAGUGGCUGCAUCCAAGAUGUUUGUCCACACCUUCUACUCCUCUCUGCUCAAUGGAAUGAAAUCCAGUGCAGCGCUUGGAGAAGCCAUGAAGAUUGUGCAGAGCAGCAAGCAGUUUGCACAUCCUUCAAACUGGGCAGGAUUCACGCUGAUUGGUAAUGAUGUUAAAUUGAACAGCCCGUCAUCUCUUAUUGGUCAGGCACUGUCUGAAAUCCUCCAACAUCCUGACCGUGCCCGAGAUGCUCUCCGUGUUCUGCUGCACUUGGUGGAGAAGUCACUCCAGCGAAUACAGAAUGGCCAACGGAAUUCUAUGUACACCUCCCAGCACAGUGUAGAGAACAAAGUGGGUGGCGUCCCAGGUUGGCAGUCACUCCUUACUGCAGUAGGAUUCAGGCUUGACCCUCCGGCCAGUGGACUUCCAGCCGCUGUCUUCUUUCCAGUGUCAGAUCCUGGAGAUCGGCUUCAGCAGUGCAGCACCACGCUCCAGUCACUCCUAGGGUUGCCUCAUGCUGCACUGCAAGCUCUCUGCAAACUUAUAACCGCUUCAGAGACAGGAGAACAGCUUAUUAAUCGGCUUCAUCAAGUACUUGUUCAGCUUCAGACCGGAGAGAAAGAACAGGAUUUUUCUUCAGCUCCUAUUCAGGUGUCUAUAAGUGUGCAGCUCUGGCGACUGCCAGGAUGUCAUGAGUUCCUGGCAGCAUUAGGUUUUGAUCUGUGUGAGGUGGGGCAAGAGGAAGUGGUGUUGAAGACGGGCAAACAGGCAAACAGAAAAACCAUGCACUUUGCUCUCCAGUCUUUGCUUGCUUUGUUUGAUUCCACAGAACUGCCUAAACGACUCAGUCUCGACAGCUCCUCAUCUCUGGAAUCUCUGUCCUCCUCGCAGUCAGUUUCCAAUCCAACAGGACAGCUAAACCCACCGUUUUCUCCCACUUAUGGAGAUUCCAUGGCUUCAGAUGCCAUUUCUGUCUACAGCCUCAGUUCCAUCGCCUCCUCCAUGAGCUUUGCUUCAAAGACCGACGUGACUGGUGAAGGAAUACUGCAAAGGGGGCGACAGGACUAUGAGAGACCCAAGAACACUUACCCACACAAGGCCGCCACGCUGCGUAGUAGAUCUUCUCCACAGGCAAAUAACACAAGCCGAGAUGAAGAGGAGUAUGAUGGAUUCUCCAUCAUUAGCAGUGAGCCUUUAAGUGUCUACACUGACACUGUCAGUGUAUCUGCCUCACCAAACAAAGAGAGGACUACAGAGCAGGUAGAACACUGCCAUAAUUUUGGGGACAGGCACACAUUCAAAGACAGUGCCAGUGCUUCCAAUUCUCCCGUUAAAAUAACCCUCAUUCCAAGUCCAAACUCACCAUUUCAGAAGGUGGAAUCCAGAAAUAAACUUCCAAGUUCGGAUACGGGAGAAUCCGAUCAGUCCAGCACAGAAACAGAUAGCACGGUUAAAUCCCAGGAGGAUAAAGUGACUAAACUUAAUCCUCAGGAGCUGGCACAAAAGAUUUUGGAGGAGACUCAAAGCCACUUGCUUGCUGUUGAGAAACUGUAUCAAAGUGGUGGAUCAGCAUGCAAAACCGGUUCGGCUGACGUGGACCAUGGCGUAACAGGGCAUCACGGUUCUUCAGUUUUUAAAUCUUCAGAUACAAGUGCGUUCAGUAGACCACAGAAUGGUACUGGGCAGAAAAAACAGUCUUCUCCAAUAACCACAAAACCAAAGCCUCCAACACGGAGCUCAUCACUUCAGAAGGUGAACUCAGGAAGCAACACACCUACCAGUGACAUCAUUGAAGUAGGUCAGUCAGCAGGAGACUGUAAUUCUAAAGGGGGCGAGAGCAGACAAAUCACAGCACCACCUUCACCCAUUGGGGAUUUGCGCCAGUCCCCUGGCUCUUCACGGCAGUCCCCUGGCUCUUCACGGCAGUCCCCUGGCUCUUCGCGCCAGUCCCCUGGUUCAUUGCGCCAAUCCCCUGGUUCUUUGUCUGAUCAAUCACCAAUCAAGAUCAAAUAUCCCAGCUCCCCUUACAGUGCUCACAUCUCCAGGUCUCCAAGCUCAGGCCACCAGUCUCCAGCUGGGAGUAACCCAUCUCCUGCCCUUUCAUACUCAUCGGCAGGCUCAGCGCGCUCGAGCCCAGCUGAUAUCCCGGAUCUGAGCAAAUUGAAAAUGACUGCCAUUGACGAGAAGGUCAAGGCUGUCCACAACCUCAAAACCUUUUGGACUAGUGCAACACAGCCUUCAUCCAGACCUGUUCGAGCUGUGCCAUCCAACCCUGCUCUUAUAGGUUCCAAAGCUGAUGCUCUAAGUUAUUUGAAUCUUUCACCAGCCAGACGCAGCAAGAAGGAAGGAAAGGAGGAUAAACUUGAACUUAAGGAGUUUUCCAAGCUCCCAUACACAGACAAGAAAGCCCAGAAUGGGCGAGGGGGUUACCAGGAGACCAACAAACCAGCAGAAACAAUGCAGCCACCAAGUAGCACUCAGAGAGAAGCGCGUCCAUUGAGAUUCCCAUCUGGGAAUGGUUAUAAAUUCCUGUCUCCAAGAAAAUUCUUUCCCACCUCAAAGUGCUGAAAUGACCCCAACCAGUCAGAAGAAUUUUUUGAUUGCCCAUUUGACCUUGUGGGACUAGCAUGUGUAAGCCAAUUGUGUUGGACAUGCGCUGUUUGUAAACAGAACCCAUGUGUUGCGUGAACAGUACUAAAAUUUUUAUACUGUUAAAGGAAAAAAAAGCGAAAAAAACUACUGUGUAAAAAUGUCAUAUUUUUAUUGAAUCAAAAAGUGGCAUUUUGCCUUGUUUCUUAGUCAUUUAAUGAUUGAUAACAAUUUAUAAAUGUCAAAAAUCAAACUUGGAAUGUCAGUCUGCAGUCAGAAGUAUUUGUUGCAAAAAGGAAAUAAACUAGGCUUGUCAGUUUUAGGUCA